AUGACAUGCGAGGGAUGUGUUGGUGCUGUGAAAAGAGUCCUCGGUAAAAUGGAAGGCGUGGAGUCAUUUGAUGUUGAUAUAAAGGAACAAAAAGUGACUGUGACAGGCAAGGUGGAGCCAGCUGCGGUUUUACAAACGGUAUCGAAAACAGGAAAGAAAUCGGAGUUCUGGGAAACGGAGGCCGGAACCGCCAAGGCCUAA